AUGUCUUACCCCGAGCAAGCCGUUGCAGUAAUUAUUCCCGAGGAGGUACCACCCAUAUUCACCGAACGACUCCUCCUACGGCCCCUGCGGAUCGGCAACGACGAAGACGCCGCGGGAAUCUUCAGUGUCAGAAGCCGACAGGAUGUCGUGGACUGGCUUUGGCCCCGAGUAGCAGAUACCACAAUCGAAGAAAGCAAAGCCCAGAUGAGGAGAAAGGUGUUCAAAGAUCCAGACGCGUCCGGUGCCGUUGGACGGUUAUUCUUCUUUGUCAUUAUUCCAAUGGAGGAACCUGAUCGUAUCAUUGGAUCUCUCGGUGUUAACUCUCUAUCGCCUGCUCCAUCGGUGGGAUACGCCAUGCAUCCCUCGUACUGGGGCAAGGGAUAUGCCAGCGAAGCCUUACGGGGAGUGAUCGACGCAUGGUGGAAACUGCCACGAGUCGAUGGCCUGGGACAUGAGGAGAAAUUGUUUGCGGCGGUCAAUUUGGCUAAUAAAGGGAGUGUGAAGGUUUUGCAGCGAAAUGGGUUCAAGACUUACGAGGAGGUCGUGCUUGAGGGGGACACGGUGGCAUUUAUGGAGUUAGAGAGUCCUCGGCGAGCGGUUACUCGACCUGGAACGGUGGAUGAUCAUAUCUAA